CCGCGAGGAAGUACUUCGCAUACUGUAGCGUCGACGGCCAUCCAUAACAGAACUACGUACGUGACAAGCGCUAAGCCCAACAAGAAGCUCAAGCCGUGGAAGAAGAUAAUAAUUUCCGCUUCGCCUCCAGUUCACUGACAACAACUACUGCAGAAAAAGUUCCUCCUGAGUCAAAGGCACCUCCGGUUCUGCUAAGGUAUGUCGGAUUCAAUCUCAAUGGUCGAACCCGAACACAAAGCAAUUGCCGAGUUCGAAUGUUCAGAGGGGGAGGUCGAUGAAGAAGAAGAGGACGAACAGUGGUGCUCCUCGGACGAAGAAAUUGGUGGUGCCUUAGACUACUUGGACGCUAGGGAUGGUUCCGAAGGUGGUCUAGGUGGAGUUGGCGCAGGGUUUACUUUGCAAUCCAGUGGCAUGAGACCCAAUGCUCACGGAGGACUAAAGUCGCGACCUAACAAUUCUACCCUUCAACCCCUCUCCAAUCGUAGUCAGAAGCUUUCCAAUCAUAUAAAAGCUUCUCCUUUAGAGGAAUGGGAGGGAAGGAUCAAUUUCAGUAUGUCUAACUCUGUGAAAACUGAAAUUCGUGAGAGUGUCCGCGGGAUGGCAAUCGGUAAAACUAAAACCACUGACAAAGCAGACCGAGCAACUGUUGAACAGGCACUUGACCCUAGAACACGAAUGGUUUUGUUUAAAAUGUUGAAUCGUGGCUUUUUUAAUGAUAUCAAUGGCUGCAUUUCAACUGGUAAAGAGGCCAAUGUUUAUCAUGCUACAAAAUCUGAUGGGCAGGAACUUGCUAUCAAAAUUUACAAGACUUCAAUUCUUGUAUUUAAGGAUCGAGAUCGAUAUGUUCAGGGCGACUAUCGGUUUAGAUAUGGAUAUUGUAAGCACAAUCCCAGGAAAAUGGUUAAAACAUGGGCUGAGAAAGAAAUGAGAAAUCUAAUGAGGCUUAAAGCAGCUGGAAUAAGGUGCCCAACUCCCAUUAUUCUGAAGUUGCAUGUGCUGGUUAUGGAAUUCAUAGGUAAAGGAGGUUGGGCUGCACCUAGACUUAAGGAUGCAGCUUUACCGCUUGACAGGUUGCGUGAAGGUUAUGUUGAGAUAAUUAUGGUAAUGAGAAGACUGUAUCAGAACUGCAAAUUAGUGCAUGGCGACCUGAGCGAAUAUAACAUACUCUAUUAUGAGGGUCACUUGUAUAUAAUAGAUGUUUCCCAAUCAGUUGAUCUUGAUCAUCCCCACUCACUUGAUUUCCUCAGGGAAGAUUGUGUUCAUGUGUCUGAUUUCUUCAGAAAACAUGGUGUAGGUGUCAUGACGAUUAGAGAAUUGUUUGAUUUCAUAGUUGAUCCUACCAUUGAUGAUGAUAAUGUAGAUGCUUACUUAGAAGAGGUUCAACAGAAGAUUUUGGCUAGAGGUGAAGUGACAGCAGAGGAUGAAAUUGCAGACUCCGUGUUCAUUCAGUCAUUCAUUCCUAAAAGACUAGACAGUGUGAAAAACGCAGAGGCUGAUGUGCAACGCAUUGCCAGCGGAGAGGACACUGGGGAUUUGUACUACAAAACCAUAACAGGGCUUAAGCAAGCCAUCUCUGCAGUAGAAAAGCACCACUUGGUGGAGAGAUCAACACAAGCAGCCUCUGGUACCAAAUUACUGGAUGAUGAUAACAGUAAUAAUCUAGAAGAGGCUGAAACUGAUGAUGAUGAAACCGAUGGUGAUUCUGAUGAAGAGGAUAGUUUAUCAUCAUACGAUGGUGAUAAUAAUAAACCUACAGCAAUGGAAAAGAGAACUGCUAGGAAGGAGAACAAGAAGAAGGUUAAGGAAGAAAAGCGGGAAGCUCGUAAACAUAAAGUGCCUAAAGCUGUGAAGAAGAAAAAGAAAAAGUUGGCCAAGGCAAAGAAGAAUCGUUAGUCACCUCCCAUUGCAGGACAAUGUCCCGAUAGAAAUUUUGUAGCUUUAGGACGACUGUUUUUUUCUCCUUGAAGUCUUCAUUAGAAAUUUCCCUUUCUACCUUCCAAUGUUUUUGUUAUGAGAAGCAGAUGGCUACCUCCAUUUGGGAAUUGAAACUUAUUCAGUUAUUUACAACAGAGUUGAAUUACGCUUUUGUCCUCAUACUUAAUUUGUCCCCAUUCUUAAGAUAUUUAUAUUUGUUUAUAUCAUUUAAUGGAUAUUGUAGAACAUUAUCGGUCACCAUG